GCCAUUAAAUCAGUUCAGAUGUUCACUCUGAAACAUGCUGCUGACGGAACGACACUUAAGAGCUACUUCAUGGAUGGGUUUUAAAUUGGAUGUGUUGACAUCAAUAAGCAGACACUUUACUCUGACAUGCUACAGGUGGAAUAGUUCAGCAAUGUUUUUCUGUAUAGUGUGGCUCAUGGUCCUGCCUUAUGGCAUGACUCUCUGGGCCUGCUCUAGUUCCUGUCCUCCCAGCUGCAUGUGCACUCAGGAAAAGAGCUGCACUGUGCUCUGUGACCGUCUCAACAUGGCGGAUCUGCCCAGAGAGUUCCCCUGUGAGGCCACCUCCAUCAACCUAGAGAAGAACAGCCUCAAAUUUUUGUCAGAACGAGCUUUUGGAACACUUCCUUCUCUCAAGUCCCUCUUCCUGGACCACAACAACAUCUCCUUUAUCACACCAGGAGCUUUCAAAGGGCUUCCCAACCUGCUGGAUCUCACGAUGGCCAACAACGAGUACAUCCGCUACCUUCACACACGGACCUUCACCUCCCUUAAACGCCUUGUGCGCUUGGACCUUUCUGGCUGCAACCUCUUCAGCAUGCCUGACCGCAUUUUCCUGGAGCAAACUUCCCUCAGAGAACUAUUCUGCUUCCAGAACAAUUUCAGACGCAUCCCAAGUGCUAUACGAGGAAUGGAGAACCUGACACACGUUUACCUGGAGCGUAAUAAGAUUGAAGCAGUAGCAUACAACACCCUGCUGGGAUUAUGCAACCUCAAGUUUCUGAACCUGCAGCAGAAUCGCAUCAGUGUCAUCCAUGAUGAAGCCUUUAAGGACUUAAGACAACUACAAAACUUUUACCUUAAUGACAAUCUGUUGGUUGACUUGCCAAGGAAAUCUUUCAAAGGCCUCUGCCAUCUGAAGAUGUUAAAUCUGGGUGGUAAUCUGCUCACUAAUGUCUCCAACACCUGGUUUGGUGACCUGGUGGAACUGGAGGUACUCUAUUUGGACCGGAACUGUCUGUCCUUUAUUGACAAGGGUGCCUUUGACAAUCUGACCAGCCUUAUUGCAUUGCAUCUAAACAGCAACAAACUAACUUCUCUGCCUUUCCCCAUAUUUCAGCCUAUUUACUUCAUCGGGCAGCUUUAUUUGUUUCGUAAUCCCUGGGAGUGCAGCUGUGAGCUGGAGUGGUUGAAGGAGUGGAUGGAGAAGUAUAAGCUAGUGAGGGAUAUCCCCUGUGCAUCUCCCACUUCAGUAGCUGGUCUGGAUCUAAGUACGGUGCUGUACACACAUGUGAAUGGUACUUGCAUUGACCCAGCAGAGCUGAACCUGACCACAGCUGGUCCAGAUUACAGCACCACGCAGAGCAAGUUCAACAGUCUAAUCUCUAAACUGAUGAACCAGGAACUUAGGGAGGAGGUGAAAAACUAUACUGAGGUUCAGAAGAAUGAGACGGUGAUAGAACCAGCAGAAGGUCAGCUCUCAGCUGCUCACAGGCCUUGUAGUGUUGGCUUAAUCCUGUUGUUAGUGCGAACAUUGCUGUUCCUCAUCCAAGCUCAGACAGGCUGCCUAUUAGACCUUGCUAAUUCUUAAUGAAGGCCUGGCUCAGGUCUGGAGGAAGACAUUUGCCAAGAAUGUUUUUGGACUGAAUGUUCUGUAGAUCAGACAUUUAAGCCUUCCUUCAGAGAGGGAUUGUGUGAAAAGG